UUUGAUUCCUUUGCAAAAGAUCAACAAACAAACAAAGCAAGAAGCUAACCAAACCUUGUGCAUCUACCUACCAUUGAAGCCAUCGCAUACCCUCUUUUCUCGCCUACUGCUUGUGUACACAUACCGCUAUAUACAUUUCCACUACGGCAGUUUCCGGGUUGUUGUUCUUGCUGUUGACAUUGUUUUGACAAGGCGGUGUUCGAUAAGUCAACUCAUUCCAGAUGAAACCAUCGCGUAAGUUGACGCUGAUCGUUGUAUCGCUAUUAUCAGUGGUGCUGGCAUUGUUCUCGCCCGGAUGGCUACUCUCUAUCUCACAACGGACCGAUGAUCAAGGAGAAAUACCCAAGAUUCACGAAAGAGAAACACAGGAAGAAGUCAUACAGCGGCAGAGCGAGAAGGAACUGCCCAUUUUCGGAAGACCAAUUCACGAUUUCCAUCUUUCAGAGACGCUCAUUGCCACAGACAUAGAGGGAGGUAUACAUGCACUGGACAGAUCCACUGGAGAGAUCAAAUGGUCGCUUGAGGUUGAAGAGCCGCUGGUAUCGGUCGAAACAAACUAUUCCUCGAGUGAUGAAAAUGAGUCCGAUGACUCGAUAGUUUGGAUCGUUGAACCGUACGGGGAUGGUAAUCUUUACAUGUUCAACAAGGAAAUUGGGCUCAACAAGCUGCCUGUGUCAAUAAGCCAUCUUGUUCUGAAAAGUCCAUUUGCCUUGAACGGAGACGACAAGGUCUAUACAGGGCUUAGAAAGUCAUCGUUGUACACAAUUGAUAUUUCAACAGGCGAAGUGGUCUCCACUUAUGGCUCUUGCAGCCCACAAUUGGAUGUUUGUUCACCCGACACGUCGCAUAAUUCGAACAGUUUUGUUCUUGGAAAGACAACAUUCGAACUCACAAUACAUUCAAAGGAUAACACUUUUUGGAACGUCACUUACUCGACAUGGGGACCAAAUAACAUAGAUAUUGACCUUGCUAUGCAGAACAAGAUACCUAUAGAUGGAACAUACAUUGCCCCUUUCCACGAUAGCACUCUAUUGGCGAUCGACAUACAUUCUAAAGUCGCUAAAUGGGUCAGCCAAUUAUCCUACAAUAUUGUCAACGUAUUCGAUAUACUGCAUGACUUUAACGAUGCCUUCGAAAACCCAUACAUUAUCGUUCCACAUCCACUAAAGCCACCAGCAGGCUUCACAGAACUUAAAAAUGAAGGAGUAUACCUCGAUAUGACACAGAAUGGUUCGUGGUACGCGAUGUCUUCGGAAUACUACCCUUCCUUGGUACACUCUGCACCAACUUCAAGGUACUCGUUGAGUGAGCGUUGGAGAUCACCACAUGUUCUCAAUUCAAAACAUCACUUUAACUCGGCAAUUAUUGGUGUUCAUCUCCCAACUGAUGCAGAACACAACGUUGCAUCAACGGUAGCUAUUGCUGGUUACCCGACAGAUUUCCCCCAACAAUACCCAAAAGUGGAACACAAUACAGAUGCUACAAGAACUAAUGAACUGGGUGUUUAUUCCCCAUCAUCAAAAUGGAUGGGUCUCCCUUCACCAUCUAUAUCAUUGCUUCAAAUUGGACCUUCUCCAAGGCAUACUGCUGGAUUCUUUGAUACAGCUUUUGGAAACUUCCUCUACAGAUGUCUUGAAAAUAUGUUGAUGAUUGCUCUGCUCAUUUUAUCGAUAUCAAUUGCAGUUAGGUUGCAUUGGUUACCCUCCCUAAAUGUUCUCCUAAGAAACAAUGGACUAGAACUUAAACAGCUUGAAGUCCCUAUUGUUGAUGAAGUAACAUCUGCUCCUGAAGUGGAAGUUUUCCAGGGGGGUAAUGAGAAUACAAACUUAGUCGAUGGAUCAGAUGAAGAAUACACUAAACCAAUCGACGAAAAGGACAAGGAUGAAUUGAAAAUUUUAGAGUCCAAUGAAAACGGUACUCUGUUAUCGUCAACUAUUCACACCAAUGCGCAGGCGCAAGCUUUGGAAGAAGGCAAAAUAAAGAAGGAGGUAACCAUUGUCGAGCCACCAGUGGAAGAUCUUGUGUCCCAUGAAAAUGGUGGCAGUGGGUUAAAGAAAAGGAAAAGAGGAUCGAGAGGUGGAAAGAAGUCAAAGAAGAGUUCAGAGCUAAAAAGUACAGAUCAGAACCUGCAACAACCAACAAAAGCCGAAGUUGACCUCCCCUCAAAGCCUGAAAAUUCUCUACAGACAAAACGUGAAAACCAAACCGUGGUGCCUUCUCCACAAAUGUCUGAUAAAUUGAUACUCACUGACGAGGUGCUGGGAUAUGGUUCUUAUGGUACAGUGGUGUUUAAAGGUGUAUUUCAGGGUCGUGAUGUUGCAGUCAAGAGAAUGUUAAUUGACUUCUAUGAUGUUGCAUCUCGCGAGAUUGGACUUUUAACAGAAAGUGAUGAUCAUCCAAACGUUAUAAGAUAUUUUUAUAACGAAACCAACGACAAAUUCUGGUUCAUUGCGCUGGAACUAUGUUCUGCAAGUUUGGAAGAUGUCAUCGAGAGAAGUAUAGACUAUCCAGGUCUUGUUAAGCUGAUGAACCCUGUCAAUGUGUUAGAGCAGGUUACUAAUGGUGUUCAUCACUUGCACUCAUUGAAAAUUGUGCAUAGAGACAUUAAACCACAAAACAUUCUGGUUGCUCCUCCAAAGAAACUGAAGACGCGUCAAGAAGCAUUUACACCUGUUAGGAUUUUAAUUUCCGAUUUUGGUCUGUGUAAAAGACUCGAAGCUGAUGAAAGUUCUUUCAGAGCAACCACUCAGCAUGCUGCUGGUACUUCUGGAUGGAGAGCCCCUGAGCUUUUGGUUGACGAUACCAGUAAUGGAUACUCACUCUCAAGCGAUCACUCUCAUAACUCGCACAGGUCUAUUUCGGAGCCAAUUGUGUUUGACACUUUAACCAAAAGACGGUUGACAAGAGCGAUUGAUAUAUUUUCUCUUGGAUGUGUUUUCUUUUACAUAUUGACAAACGGUGGACAUCCCUUCGGUGAUCGCUAUAUGAGAGAAGCCAAUGUUAUAAAGGGUGAGUACGAUUUGAGUGCACUUGAUUUCUUGCCUGACAACGUUUGCGAGGCGAAAGAUCUCGUUUCUAAGAUGAUUUCGAGAGAUCCCAAUCUUAGACCAAGCACUGAUGAAGUCCUUAAACACCCUUUUUUCUGGAACGAUGCAAAGAAGCUUGACUUUCUUUUAAAAGUAAGUGACAGAUUUGAAAUCGAGAAAAGAGAUCCACCUAGUGAGCUACUUCAGAAGUUAGAGGAAAUCGCACCAGAUGUUAUUGCUGAUGAUUGGUGCUGUAAAUUUGAAAAGUCCUUUAUGGAUAAUCUCGGGAAAUACAGGAAAUAUCAUCCUGACAGGGUGAUGGAUCUGCUCAGAGCAUUGAGAAACAAAUAUCAUCACUUCAAUGAUCUGCCACCAGAUCUGACGUUAAAAAUGAGUCCACUUCCAGAUGGAUUCUAUAGAUAUUUCAACACGAAGUUCCCAAAUCUAUUGAUGGAAAUUUAUGGUGUCGUCGAAAGAAAUCUAACUGACGACCACGUACUGACUAACUUUUUCUGAAGAGAUUACUUUUACCAUUGCAUUUAUUAUAUAGCCAAAUGUGCUAAACACCCACAUAUUAAUUUAACGAUUUACGGUCAUAACAGUACA